ACCAAAGCAAAACACAUGUUACUUCGUGCUGGAAAAUUGAACGGUUGUGAGGAAGAGAAGGACCUGAGUGCUCGUGAAAUUUCAACAGAUGGAAGCUCUUCCGCCGUUGAGGCUUUGCUUACUUUAAAGGGGGAAAAGCAUAUCCUAUAUACUUUGCUCUGUUUCUUUCUUGUUUGUAAUCAAACACUGAAAAUAAAUGAAAAAGACGGUUAAUAAUUCAUGUGAAAAUUGGGUCCCUCCCUUACUCAGCAAGCAAAAUAGUAGUCGUAGCUAUUUAAUUUAAUGCCUCUCUUCUUCAACACACUUCACUUCUCUCGUAGCUGAAGACCAAGUGAUCGAACCAGAGCUCGAGCAUUUGAAGAAGAUGAUCACCUCUUUCAGUCUCCAAUCUUUCAACAUUGCCUCUACCGCUCACAACUCGAGGAAUAAGCAGGAUCUCGCCAAGCAAAACUCAGUAGAAUUGGUUCUUGGGUAUAGAAAUCCAAAGGGAUGCAAUAGGUUCAGUUUCGGAUCAAGAAGAUCAAUACAUGAGAGGGUGAGCACUGGUUUCAAGGGCGUAGCUGUUAUUACAGAUAACAAGUCAGCAAUGUCUGCCACUGAGGAAGAUUUAGAAAAUAUAGGCAUCUUGCAUAUCGAUCCAGCCAUAAAACCAUUUAAAGAUCACUUCAAAUGUAGACUGAAGAGAUAUAUAGACCAGAAAAAGCUAAUUGAAGAAUAUGAAGGAGGUCUUGAGGAAUUUGCACAAGGUUAUUUGAAAUUUGGAUUCAACAGAGAAGAAGGUGGCAUUGUGUACCGUGAGUGGGCACCUGCUGCUCAGGAAGCACAAAUUAUUGGGGAUUUUAAUGAAUGGAAUGGUUCCAAUCACCCAAUGGAAAAAAAUCAGUUUGGUGUCUGGAGUAUUAAGAUCCCUGAUGUUGCUGGGAAUCCAGCUAUACCUCACAAUUCUAGAGUGAAGUUUAGAUUCAGACAUGGUGGAGUCUGGGCUGACCGCAUUCCGGCUUGGAUUAAAUAUGCCACUGUAGAUCCUACCAAAUUUGCUGCGCCAUAUGAUGGUGUCUAUUGGGAUCCACCGCUUUCAGAGAGGUAUCAGUUUAAAUAUCCUCGUCCACCGAAGCCCAAGGCCCCGCGGAUAUAUGAAGCUCAUGUGGGAAUGAGUAGCUCUGAGCCCCGCAUAAACUCGUACAAGGAAUUUGCAGAUGAUAUUCUGCCACGUAUUCGGGCCAAUAACUAUAAUACAGUCCAGCUGAUGGCUGUGAUGGAGCAUUCCUAUUAUGCAUCGUUUGGGUAUCAUGUAACUAAUUUUUUUGCUGUGAGCAGUAGAUCUGGAACCCCUGAAGAUCUUAAAUAUCUGAUAGAUAAGGCCCAUAGCCUAGGCUUACAUGUUUUGAUGGAUGUCGUCCAUAGUCAUGCUAGUAAUAAUGUUACUGAUGGACUUAAUGGCUUUGAUGUUGGCCAAGUUUCACAAGAAUCAUACUUCCACACUGGAGAUAGAGGCUAUCAUAAAUUGUGGGAUAGUAGACUCUUUAACUAUGCCAACUGGGAAGUUCUUCGUUUCCUUUUAUCUAAUUUGAGGUGGUGGCUUGAGGAGUUCAAAUUUGACGGAUUUCGAUUUGAUGGAGUAACAUCAAUGCUGUACCAUCACCAUGGAGUCAACAUUGCAUUUUCUGGGGAUUAUAAUGAAUACUUUAGUGAAGCAACAGACGUGGAUGCUGUUGUCUAUCUAAUGCUGGCUAAUUCUCUGAUCCAUAAUAUUUUGCCAGAUGCAACUGUAAUUGCUGAAGAUGUUUCUGGCAUGCCUGGACUUGGUCGUCCAAUUUCUGAGGUGGGAAUUGGUUUUGACUAUCGUCUAGCCAUGGCUAUCCCGGACAAGUGGAUUGACUACUUGAAGAACAAGAAAGACCAUGAAUGGUCUAUGAAGGAAAUCUCUUUGAGUUUGACAAAUAGGAGAUACUCUGAGAAAUGUGUGUCUUAUGCUGAAAGUCAUGACCAGUCCAUUGUUGGGGACAAGACUUUUUCAUUUUUACUGAUGGAUGAGGAAAUUUAUUCUGGCAUGUCUUGCUUGGCUGAUGCUUCUCCUACUAUCGAGCGAGGGAUUGCUCUUCAUAAGAUGAUACAUUUUAUAACCAUGUCAUUAGGUGGAGAGGGCUACCUUAAUUUCAUGGGCAAUGAGUUUGGCCAUCCGGAGUGGAUUGAUUUCCCAAGAGAAGGCAAUGGAUGGAGUUAUGAGAAGUGCAGGCGUCAGUGGAGUCUGGUGGAUACAGAUCACUUGAGAUAUAAGUUCAUGAACGCAUUUGACAAAGCUAUGAAUUUGCUUGAUGAUAAAUUCUCAUUCCUUGCAUCAACAAAACAGAUUGUGAGCAGCACAAAUGAGGAAGACAAGGUUAUAGUCUUUGAACGUGGAGAUCUGGUAUUUGUGUUCAAUUUUCAUCCAGAGACUACAUACGAAGGGUAUAAAGUUGGAUGUGACUUGCCUGGGAAAUAUAGAGUUGCACUGGAUAGUGACGCUCGGGAAUUUGGAGGCCAUGGAAGAGUGGGGCACAAUGUAGACCACUUCACCGCUCCAGAAGGCAUACCAGGAGUUCCCGAAUCAAAUUUUAAUAAUCGGCCCAAUUCCUUCAAGAUCCUCUCCCCUCCUCGUACCUGUGUGGUAUAUUAUAGAGUGGAUGAAAGCCAAGAAGAAAACAGUAUUAGCAAUUUGGUCGGGGUACAAGAGACUUCUACUGCAGCAGAUAUUGUUGCAAACAUUCCGGAUGGAUCCUCAGCUUCAAAAGAACGCGAGGUUAGCAAUUUCAAUUGGACAAUGGAGACAUUGGCUGCAGCAAAUGCAGAUGUGGCGAAAAUUCCUGAUGAAUUGGUUCCUGCUGCAGAAAAUGAAGUAUUUCAAGACGAAGUAGAAGAUGCAGACGAAUAACAAUCUUGUUCCAUUGUGAAUGUUACCAGUUUUUAGUUGCCAUCAUUCCAGUGAUGACUGAUGAGACAAGCAGGUUUUUGGAUAUCAAUAAAAGGACUUGGGUGCAAAUUUUGGGGAAACGUUUGUCCCUCAAAUCACCAUGUAUAUUUUGUAGGUGUUACAAAUAUUAUUACUAACACUCAUGUAUAUUCAGUCUCCUUACUUGUUUUGGCA